AUGGAUGAUGAUGUUAGUGGUGAUAAUGGUAGUGUGGAUGAUGGUGAUAGCAGUGAUGAUGGUGGUGUGGAUGAUGAUGUUAGUGGUGAUGGUGGUGUGUAUGAUGAUGACAGCAGUGAUGAUGGUUGUGUGGAUGAUGAUAAUAGUGGUGAUGGUGGUGGUGUGGAUUAUGAUGUUAGUAGUGAUGAGGGUGGUGUGGAUGAUGAUGAUAGAGGUGAUGAUGGUGGUGUGGAUUACUAUGACAGCGGUGAUUAUGGUGUUGUGGAUGAUGAUAGUGGUGAUGAUGGUGGUUUGGAUAAUGAUGAUACUGGGGUGAUGAUGAGACAGCGCAGAGCAUCUGUUAAUUCCAAAGUGCUGGUUAUUUUCCAGCAGUGCAUCACUUGA